GCAGUGUCGUGUCGAAAGGUCGGCGUGGUCACUCAUUGGGUUGUUUGAGUGCAGUUUGUGCACAGACGCCGGAGAAACAAACCCCCGCAAGGAUAAGAGAGAAAGGAAAAAGCUGCCAUUUUACUGUACUAUCCAGAUGGAUGUGAAAGAGGAGAUUACCAAGGCGGAUAUCCUAGAAGUAAGGAUCAUGAAUGUUAAGGAGGAGGACUGUGAGUGGGAGUCUCUCCCCCCAAAACAGGAAAGUCUGGCCAUUAAGGAAGAGGAUUGUGAGCUGGGGUCCAUGGAAAUUAAAGAAGAGGCUGAAGAGCGGUCUGUCAGCAUUGAGGCACACUGUAAUCAAAGUGUUGAAGAAAUUCAUUAUGAAUGUCAAGAUGAACCAAUGACUGUGCUAGUCUCUGCACAAAGCAGACAGUGUUCAUCUGUCAAGGUGAUGACUGAAUCCCUGCAGUUUGACACCGAAGGAAUUAAGAAAAAUGCAUCCGUUGGAACUCAAGAAGGUCAUGAGCUACCUACAGAUCAGUCUGGCACAGGAAGCGCAUCUCAUGCCUUUUUUGAAUUUGGCAAACCGUUUGCGCAAAGAAGCAAUCAACAGAGCCACAAAAGUUUUCAUACUGUAGAGAAGAAAUAUUGUUGUUUGGAGUGUGGCAAACGCUUCUGGAGUGAUCGUGACCUUACUGCCCACGGUAGAAUUCACACCGGAGACAAACCAUACUGCUGUUCAGAAUGUGGAAAAGAAUUUACACAGAUGCAGAAUCUUCAGAGACACUCUAGGAUUCACACCGGAGAGAUGCCAUUUAGCUGUCUGGAAUGUGGCCGGCGAUUCAAAGAUAAGAGAACUGCUCAAAGUCACAAAAGGAUUCACACUGGAGUGAAACCGUACUGCUGUUUGGAAUGUGGCAAAGAAUUCUGCAGCAAGGAAGGUUUUCAGGGCCAUAGUAGAGUUCACAUGGGGGAGAAUUUGAAGAGUAGGAGGCAAUAUUGCUGUUCAGAAUGUGGCAAACAAUUCUCUCUCAUGGGUGAUCUUCAGAGGCACAGUAAAAUUCACAUGGGAGCAAAGCCAUUUUGCUGCUCAGAAUGUGGCAAACAAUUCCUUCUCAGGAGUGAUCUUCUGAGCCACAGUAAAAUUCACACAGGCAAAGGGCCAUUUUGCUGUUCAGAAUGUGGCAAACAAUUCACUUACAGGAGUGGUCUGCAGAGACACAUUAUAAUUCACACGGGAGAAAGGCCAUUCAACUGUUUAGAAUGUGGCAGGCAAUUCAAAGAUAAGAGGAGUCUUCAGUGUCAUGAACGAAUUCACAUGGGACAGAAAUUAAUUCUAUAGAGGGAAGCUGCAUUGACAAGAAUGAUGGCACACAUUAAAAAAAUAUGCAGUGAGCACAAUAAAGAGGAGUGUGCAGGGGGUUUACUGAGCAUGGGAUGAUUGAAAGUGACAAAGACCUCAUAAACAAGGUGCACAAGUCUUCAAGACAAGAUCAUCUCUUGUAUAAAGCUAGAACUAAGUAUGCUGAACACCAUUAAGUCCAAGACCGAUAAUGGAAGGUCAGGAGGGCAAAUAAACCUGCACAAAGGCAGGAGGAGUGCUAUUGACACCGGACAAAGGGGCCCAGGAAUGAAAAGAAAGUCUUCUGGACCUCACUGAGACAGAAAGUAGAGGAAAAACACCAGGAAAUAUCAAUAAAUGUCACUGAACACAACCUUUUAUAUGGAAGGGAAACAAGUCUGUAACUAAAAUAUAUAGGAAAGCAAGGAACACAAGAAGAAUAAGGUCCCAUGCUGUGUAGCUCCUCUCUAAUCCUCUGGGCUACAAACACUGGAGUUAAGCAAAAAUGGAAAGAAGCCUGACCAAGUGACGUGACUAGCCUGUGUGUGAGCUGUACAGGCCUUUUAUGAUCUUGUAAGCCCCAAUUGAUUGAUACAAACCAUUAUAUACUAACCCUACUAUAAGUAUACACAUGUGUAUAUAGUCUGGUUGCUCCAUGGGGAAGUUGCAGAAAGAGAAACAUAAGCAAUGGAGUCGCAUGCCAGUAGGUGUAACGAAGAAGGCUUCUACUGAAUGACCCUCCAAAAUGAACGAGGACGCUGAGAGUCUAGCUGAUGGAAGCAACAGUCCAACAUUAUUACUGCUAUCUGAGUGAUUGAUUUUAAUUUUUUUUUUUAAGACUAAUUGAAAUAUUAACUCGUUGGCACCAAAGAUAGACAGCUCCUGCUGUGUAUUGUGCUGAUAUUGCUGCUAUGUUUUUAGCGUUCAUGUUCCUAGUAAAAAAUAUCAAUGCUAAAGAUAUUAAAUUUGCACUGUUUUCACUUAACUAAUCGCAUGCAUUUCAAAACUUGCUUGCAUUUCUUUGUUCUCCUCGUUUUGGUGGGAGGAGAUGCCAUUUCCUUUUACAGACGACCGGAUUUGAUAUUUCCAGUCCUCCGCUGGUUGAUUUGUAAUGGAGGAAGCAGAGUGUUUGAAAGAUUGGCAAAUUUAUUUAAUCGCUUGAUGGGGAGUUUCAGAAAGAAAAUGUUGUGAAAGUCUAAUAAAAAUAAAUUUGAA